UGCUGUUUAUGAUUUUUUCUUAUUGCAAAGGCUAUAUAUACCAGCCAAGUGGUAGGCAUGCGAAAACAUAAUACAGAUAAAUCAAACAUGUCAGUCACCGAUCGUUCCGGAAUCUGAUAAAUGUUAAAAAUGAGGUAACUUCGGCGAAUGGUUAAUGACCAAAAAUCAGGUCAGUGGCGUGUGAUAGCUAAAGUUAAGGAUGAGUGGUGCAUCUGGCAAACGUUAAACAGUUAGCUUGCUUGCUAGCUGGCUCAUUCGUUACAAGAAGGUAAGCUAGCUGACCAAAGCAAUGCGGAACGAUAGUGGGAAAGGGAUUGAACCUCGUUUAAUGCUGUAGCUUGUGACAUAUGCGAAAUAACGGACAGCAGGCAUCAAAGAAGAGGGAGGAGCUGGCUUUAGGACGGAGAAUAUCAUGAUGGCCUGCGAGGAGGAGCAGGCGGGGGAGAGAGAGGCUUGGGCCUGGCUGCUUUAACCCUGCUUUAGACCCUGUGCCAACACAUAUCCUGAUAUUGUGCUCUUCAACCACAUCAGCCCGUUUAACAAGACUGUUACAAGGGGCAACACCACAAACAGGGAGCUUUUCAUAGGCCCUGUAGAGCAGUUUGGUGCCAGAGGAAGAAGUUACCCAUAGGCUUUGUGGUUGAGGCUGGAGCUAGGCACAAAUCCAUCACACACUUGGUGAACAUGUCUAUGGGUGAAACAGAUGCAGACCACCCACGGUUCUUUGUGGGAGCUGAUGACGGGGAAGGGGAUGAGCUGUUGGACCCUGGGAGGGUCCUGGGGUAUGAUUGCCUUUAUGAGAAUGUGGAGGAGGAGGAAGAAGAAGACAAUGAAGAAUAUGACUCACCUCCAGAGAGACAGAUAGUGGUGGGCAUUUGUGCCAUGGCAAAGAAGUCCAAGUCCAAGCCCAUGAAGGAGAUCCUGGAACGCCUGUGUCUGUUCAAGUACAUCACCGUGGUAACAUUUGAAGAGGAGGUCAUCCUCAACGAGCCAGUGGAGAAAUGGCCCCUCUGUGACUGUCUUAUCUCCUUCCACUCUAAAGGGUUUCCACUGGAUAAAGCUGUGACCUAUGAAAAGCUCAGGAGCCCAUUUGUCAUCAAUGAUCUGGAUCUACAGUACUGUAUCCAGGACAGGAGAGAGGUGUAUCGGAUCCUGAAGGCGGAGGGCAUCCAGCUCCCACGCUAUGCGGUACUGAACCGUGACCCUGCAAGACCAGAAGAAUGCAACUUGGUGGAAGGAGAGGACCACGUGGAGGUGAAUGGAGAGGUGUUCCAGAAGCCUUUUGUGGAGAAGCCAGUUAGUGCAGAGGACCAUAAUGUCUAUAUCUACUACCCCACAUCUGCAGGAGGGGGCAGCCAGAGGCUUUUCCGCAAGAUCGGCAGCAGAAGUAGUGUCUAUUCACCGGAGAGCAGUGUCAGAAAGACUGGAUCUUACAUAUAUGAGGAGUUCAUGCCCACAGAUGGGACUGAUGUGAAGGUGUACACAGUGGGCCCAGACUAUGCCCAUGCAGAGGCUCGUAAAUCUCCUGCUUUGGAUGGAAAGGUAGAGCGAGACAGUGAGGGGAAGGAGGUACGCUACCCAGUCAUUCUCAACGCCAGAGAAAAACUCAUUGCAUGGAAAGUCUGCCAAGCCUUUAAGCAAACUGUGUGUGGCUUUGACUUGCUUCGUGCCAAUGGACAGUCAUAUGUCUGUGAUGUGAACGGCUUCAGUUUUGUGAAGAAUUCCAUGAAAUACUAUGACGACUGCGCAAAAAUCCUUGGGAAUAUCAUAAUGCGGGAAUUGGCUCCACAGUUUCAGAUCCCGUGGUCAAUCCCUCUGGAGGCUGAGGACAUCCCAAUAGUUCCCACCACCUCUGGAACAAUGAUGGAGCUGAGAUGUGUGAUUGCUGUUAUUCGUCAUGGUGACAGGACCCCAAAACAGAAAAUGAAAAUGGAGGUUCGGCAUCAGAGAUUUUUUGAUCUCUUUGAAAAAUGUGAUGGAUAUAAAAGCGGAAAACUAAAACUGAAGAAGCCAAAGCAGCUGCAGGAAGUGUUGGACAUUGCCAGACAACUGUUAGUGGAACUUGGGCAGAAUGAUGAUUCAGAAAUUGAAGAAAGUAAAGCCAAACUUGAACAACUGAAAACUGUCUUGGAAAUGUAUGGGCAUUUUUCAGGAAUCAAUCGCAAGGUGCAGUUAACAUAUCUUCCACAUGGUUGCCCAAGAACAUCAAGUGAAGAAGAAGAUGUGCAACGUGAUGACCCCUCUCUGUUACUGGUGCUGAAGUGGGGUGGGGAACUGACUCCUGCGGGCAGAGUGCAGGCAGAGGAGCUGGGUAGAGCCUUCAGAUGCAUGUACCCUGGAGGACAAGGUGACUAUGCAGGUUUUCCAGGGUGUGGUUUGCUCCGGCUGCAUAGUACUUAUCGUCAUGACCUGAAGAUCUACGCCUCUGAUGAGGGCAGAGUUCAGAUGACUGCUGCAGCCUUUGCAAAGGGUUUGUUGGCGUUGGAGGGAGAGCUGACACCCAUCCUGGUUCAGAUGGUAAAGAGUGCCAACAUGAAUGGCCUGUUGGACAGCGAUAGUGACUCACUGAGCAGCUGCCAGCAGCGUGUCAAAGCACGUCUACAUGAGAUCCUGCAGAGGGACAGAGACUUCACCCCAGAGGACUAUGAGACGCUUGCUCCCACUGGCAGUACUUCUCUGGUCAAGUCCAUGCAGAUGAUCAAGAAUCCAGUGAAGACGUGUGAUAAGGUCUACUCUCUCAUUCAGAACCUCACCCUGCAGAUCAGGCAGCGCAUGGAAGACCCCAAGUCAACAGAUAUUCAGCUGUACCACAGUGAGACACUCGAGCUCAUGCUGCGACGUUGGGCCAAACUGGAGAAGGAUUUCAAAAUGAAGAACGGCCGCUACAACAUCAGCAAGAUCCCCGACAUCUACGACUGUAUCAAAUACGACGUGCAGCACAACAGCUCUCUCAAGCUGGACAACACCAUGGAAAUCUACCGGCUGUCCAAAGCUCUGGCUGACAUCGUCAUCCCACAGGAAUAUGGCAUAUCUCAGGCAGAAAAAUUGGACAUUGCCAAAGGCUACUGCACACCUCUCAUUCGCAAGAUCCGAUCAGAUCUCCAGAGAACCCAAGACGAUGACACGGUCAAUAAACUGCACCCAGUAUAUUCCAGGGGAGUGAUGUCUCCAGAGCGUCAUGUACGGACUCGAUUGUACUUCACCAGUGAGAGUCACGUACACUCACUGCUGUCCAUACUGCGCUAUGGAGCCCUGUGUGACGAGACCAAAGAUGACCAGUGGAAGAGGGCAAUGGACUACCUCAAGGUCGUCAGUGAACUCAACUAUAUGACUCAGAUUGUAAUAAUGCUUUAUGAGGACCCUAACAAGGAUCCUUCAUCAGAGGAGCGCUUCCAUGUAGAGCUGCAUUUCAGCCCAGGAGCCAAAGGAUGUGAGGAGGACAAGAAUCUGCCGUCAGGAUUUGGCUAUAGACCAGCAUCCAGAGAAAAUGAGGGCUCCAAGAAGAAGUCCCAGAAUGACAGUGACGAGGAGUCGUGCACCGUUAAACGGGACGAGCCUGACCGAGCGCUCAUGAUGUUUCGACCCAUGGUGUCCGAUCCCAUCUACAUCCACAGGAAGUCUCCUCUUCCACGCUCCAAAAAAAUCGGCUCAGUCGAAUCCCCAUUGCAGACAGACUUUGUCAAGACCCCUACUGGCAAAGAAGAGAGCCCCCUGAGUGUGUCUAGCCCUGAGUCAAUUGGUACCUGGAUACAUUACACCUGUGGUGUUGGUACUGGGCGUCGAAGACGCAGAUCAGGGGACCAAAUAACUUCCUCCCCUGUCUCCCCCAAAUCACUGGCUUUCACAUCCAGUAUUUUUGGCUCAUGGCAACAGGUUCUGUCAGAGAACAAUAGCCAUGCAAGGCCUGGGAGAUUGCAUUCAGAACACAAACUCACCACAGGAAUAGGGUCUCAUUGUGCUGGCCUGUUUAGCACCAUGGUGCUGGGCGGCUCCUCCAGCGCUCCUAACCUACAAGAUUAUGCACGUGCACACCGUAAAAAGCUGACCUCUUCUGGCUUCGUAGAUGAGGCCACGCGUGGUUCUGCCGUUAAAAGAUUUUCUAUCUCAUUUGCGCGGCAUCCAACCAAUGUGUUUCCCAGUGUGUUCUGUGGGUUUGAGUUGUACUCCAUGGUUCCCUCCAUAUGUCCUUUGGAGACCCUUCACAACUCACUGUCUCUGAAGCAGGUGGAUGACUUCCUGGCCUCUAUUGCUCAGUCCCAUGACUCAUUUCUGGACAUAUCAGUCUCAUCCCCAGCCAAAAAAGCGCCACUGAACACAUACACUCCUGCCAAGGUUUUACCUUGUCCAUUUACUCAGUCCCUGGGAAAGAGAACGCCAGAGAAAGCUGCUUCAGUGGAAGGCAGCAUCUCCAGCAGAGCUCCAAGGACCAGCAUGGGAGACUCCAUGAAACAUGGUGCAGGUGGGGAUAAGGCUUCACCAAAGUGCUUUCCCCAACCAACCACUGAAAGCAAGACAGCAACUUCUCUCAACAUGGAGGAACAUGGCCCUGACUCCCGAAUCCAAGCCUCCAAGCAUCACUUGCCCGACAGUGCAGGCACUAAAAGCCAUUUGGAAGUGUCACAGCAAGGCACACAAAAGGGCAAAGGACUGAGCCAAACCCAGGCCCAGAAUGUACCUAGUGGUCCUGCACCCCAGCAGACCUCCACUCAUGAAACUGCCAAUGUUACGAAACCACAGAAGACCAACACCAUAGAAACUCUAGGUGGUUCAAAACCACAAAACACCUCCACCCAUGAUACACCCAAAGACAUGGCAGUCAAGCAGACCGCCCUUCAAGAUGAAGGUCAUGAUGGCAAAGUUCACCCAGCCCCAUUAGAUAAAGAACAAGAAUCUUCUUUGCCCAUCAGUAAGAACCAGCAACCACAGUAACCUAAACUAAGCCAAAACGGCCCAGUCUAGUCAAGGGAAUUGUUACAUAAAUAUGUAUGUUACAAGUGCAAUCCUCUUCUGUUCUCUUUGAUACAAGAAUGAAAACUUAGUGUAUCACUAGUUUAUCAUUUCACCUGUUAGCUUUAACAGUUACACAAGAAGUAGAGCAUAAAAUUGUACAGUGUGCAACACAAACACCAGGCAAGUGGUCAAUGUUUUUGCUGCAUUCAGUAUUUUGUGAUCAGAACUGAGAAAGUUACAAAAAGACGCAGAAAUACAGUGUUUAGAAGCUGAAAUUGAAGGUCCAAAUAAAAAUGAAUUGUAGUUUAGAAUGUCUGUUGCAAUGCACUAAGCAUAUUUUUCUUAUUUAUCUUAAGUGGCACUCUGUGUUUGCAUUGCAUUUCCUUCUCAUUGAACUGGAACAUAGGAGAAGUCUGCCUUACAGUUACUGUGGUGACUGUUCUUUUUCAUCACGCUUUACUGUAACCAAACAUGAUU